AUGACGACUUCGCUGGUCCUGCAUCCACGCUGGGCGGACACCUUGAUGUACGUGUAUGAAAAAAGCCCGAAUGAAAAUAAUCAGAAUAAAAGUCAAAUCAUGGAGGGAUUAAGUGGGAAUUGCCCUGCGACCCAUUGCAGGGAUCUGAUCUCACACCCCGCGCUGGGGCGGCAUUCCGGCACCAUAGCGACUCAUCAGGGAUCCGUGUACUCGGAUAUAUCUUCCCCUGACACUGGGCGACAGUGCCCAGCUCCUCAGACUUCAUCUAGUGCCUCUCUGAGUUACGGCUACCCCUUUGGAAAUCCUUACUACGGUUGCAGAUUAUCUCACUCGCACAACGUGAACUUGCAGCAGAAAGCGUGUUCAUACCAUCCUGCAGAAAAAUACGCCGAGCCGAGCACCGCUUUGCCCACGGAGGAGCUCUCCAGCAGGGCAAAGGAGUUUGCUUUCUACCCGAGCUUUGCCAGCUCGUAUCAGGCAGUUCCAGGAUAUCUAGACAUGUCGGUGGUCCCCAGUAUUAGUGCACAUCCCGAGCCACGUCACGAUGCAUUGAUCCCCAUGGAGGGCUAUCAACACUGGGCUUUGUCGAAUGGCUGGGAUGGGCAGGUGUACUGUUCAAAGGAGCAAACACAGUCUUCUCAUCUUUGGAAAUCUCCAUUUCCAGAUGUUGUUCCGCUGCAACCCGAAGUCAGCAGUUACCGACGAGGGCGCAAAAAACGUGUUCCCUACACCAAGAUACAACUGAAAGAACUGGAAAAGGAGUACGCAGCAAGCAAGUUUAUCACCAAGGACAAGAGACGGCGCAUAUCUGCUACAACCAACCUCUCAGAACGACAAGUUACUAUCUGGUUCCAGAACCGCAGAGUGAAGGAGAAGAAGUUUGUCAGUAAAUCCAAGACAAAUAAUCAUAUGCAUACUUGA